GCGUUGAGCUUUGUUCCACAGCGCCAGUUCCUAGGCGGGCGCGCACCGAGCCGUCGAGCGAUUUCUACUUUUACCCGCCUUUCGCAAAAACCGUUUGUUUCCGCAUUUUUAGCAGCGCCGUUUUGAUUUAACCACAUGCUUCGAUGUACAUUAUUCCAAAAAAAUAUUUUUUUGGAUGUAACAGAUAGCUGUGUUUCUCGUAAAAUCCUACGAGAAUAUUCAAACGGAAGGCGCGAGCCGGUUGUCAACAACGCUAGAGUCGCGCGCUUUCAUUUUCACUUUAUUCUCCUUUAGCUACUUACAAAAAGACACCGCUUAACUUUUAAAAGUGAAAAGGGAAUAAGUGUACUUCCGCUUUGUUAUUAAAACCACGUGUUUUGUGUAAAGAAGAUCAAGCAUGGCGCAAUUUCUCGAGGAUCCGGCGCUGCUCACGAAAGAGAAACUGAAGAGUGAGUUAGUUGCCAAUAAAGUCCCUCUGCCGAGCGCAGACAGCAAGAAAGACGUGUAUGUGCAGCUGUAUCUGAAGAACCUGACGGUGCUCAACAAGAAGAACAUCCCUGCUCCAGACACUUUCUCUAGCGAUGAGGAGAUGACAGCCCCUCUGCUGACCAACAGGAGCCGCUCGGGGAAGAAAGCCAUAAGAAAGACUGACAGAGUUCGGCCAGAGGAGAACGACAUCUCUGGUUUGACUGAUGAAGAGUUGAAGGUUCAGCUUAUGAAGUAUGGGGUCCAUUCAGGACCAAUUGUUGCCUCCACACGUAAGGUGUAUGAGAAGAAGCUCCAGCAUCUCCUGGAGCAUCCACCGCUAGAGAGCAGUUUUCCUGAACCCGAGACCACCAUCCCAGAGACCCUCACCAUCACAGCAGAAGGAAACCAGAACGGCAACACACAUUCAGCCGAAGAUCAGUACAGCGACAAAGAAGAAGGAGUUGAUCCUGUACCAGAACUGGUUUCCGUUGUGACUAAGCCGGUCCGGAGCAGAGGAAAGACUCCUGUCACCAUCAGGACCAGCAGCAGACAGCGCACUAAACAGCAGGUGGAGGAGACGGCAGCAGACACUGAGGAAACAUCUGUGGAUGGAGGAGAUAUUUUAAAGGAAAUCUUCCCCAAUGAACCUGCCACACCAACCGGAAUAACGGUCACAUGUCGGAGGCCGAUCCAUGGUGCAGCUGGCCGUCCAGUGAAGCCCCUGAGCCUCUGGUCCGAGGAGUCCCUUCAGCAGCAGAACACUUACACAGUGACCAAAUCCUCCGUCACAGAUGUUUGCAGUGCAACACCAGCCGCCCGUCCCAGACCCCGUCGCUGGUUGGCUUUCUGGUUGAAGCUUCUGGUGUUCAUCACACUGGCCGCGUCUCUGUAUUACGCUUUCCAAUUCAUCACCACCGAUCAGAUCAACGCCUGCCAGCUCUAUGUCCAGGACAAUGUCAUCACACCUGUUCUCAAUUACAUCAGCCGGGAAAACGCAGCCGAGAGCGGCGACGGCAAAUGAGCGGCCAAGUCUGUCAACCAGCUUCAGCAUGCAUCUACUGUUAGACUGAUUUUCUAGUGCUUUACGGAGCGAUGCGUCGGCAGGGUUCGGGGAGGGAGGGAUUCUGGUUAUUGCAGUUUGACCUAGCAGUCACAUCUUAAUAGACUCGUGUUUAAAGUAGUCUUUAAAUCUGUGUGCAUUGUGUGUUUUCAUCUUGCUUUCAUUUUGCUUUACGGUUUUGUAGCAUUCGAGACGACGUAGAGAAAUUUAGUUGUGAGUGACUGGCUAAUAGUGAAUCAUUCUCUGCUCAGUGGCAUCACAACGAGAGGUUACAUGCCAAAACAUGGCCAAUACAAGCACAGUUUGGGUUCACACACAUCGGGGCUAGAAGGAAAAGCCUGAGGCUGAAUGUUUGCAAAAAUGGGUUAUUUGAUGGUUGAAACGUUUUCCUGAGUAAUCAUGAAGUUUUUAUUUUAACAUGACUGAAUCUGACUUGAUGAAGUGUUGCUAAUGAGACCAGAGUGAGAAAAUUGUUCUAGUAUAAUAGGGUGAAUCUCGCUGAAAAUAUGUGGAUCAUAUAUAUAGAUAUGUAUAUAUAUAUAUAUAUAUAUAUAAAAUUCAUAACACAAAAAAUGUAAUUUUUCAUUAUCAUAAUGUGAAAAAUCUCAUUUUGAUUAACGUAAUGCAAAAAAAAAAAUUCUAAUUACCAUAAUGCAAAUAAAUAAACAUCAUUACGGUACUUUAAAAAAAUGCAUUUUCAUUACUGUAAUAGGGAAAAAAAAUCACUGUUAUGCAAAAAAUUAUAGCAAUCUGAUAUAUAAUAUUUUUUUUGCUUUUAAUAAGAUCAGGUAAGCCACUGUAUACACUUAAUUUACAUGUAAAUAAUAUAAUGUUAUUUGCAUUUCAGUAAUGAGAAUUAAGUGCCAAGUUGAAAGUAUUUAAAAGAAUUAACAAGUAAUAUUAAUGAUUUUGUGGUGAAAUAUGACUUUUUCUUGACAGUUUUCGUGAGAUUGACCCAGUAGCAUUUGUUUUUAAUGAUUUGUUGCAUUGAAUUUUUCAAACUACUGAACUCCCACCUCAGAUAAUGCUUGGUUUUAGUACUACACAUUGAUCAAUAUUGAUUUUUUUCAUCCAGAGCUUGAAGGAAAAUGUGAUCUUAUGAAAGUCUCAUGUAGCAAUUAACACUUCACUUCUGGUGAGAAGUAGUCUGUUGUUUUUCUUUUAAGUAGAUUGUGGCGGCUUGUUAAAUGUGUUUGUGAUGUUUUCAUAAUGUGUUGUGUGGCAUUACAGGCGAUAUUUUAAACCCGUGAUGAGAACAGUUGCCUGUUGUUGACUGUAAUCAGACUGUCUGUUAUUGCUCAAACACUGGCAUACAUCUGACUAAACUAUGAUUUCAUUUCUGUGCUGUGAUUUUUGGGGGGAAAAACUUAUUUACUGAGUAUAUCUUCAUUUCAUUCAGAAAAUACAUUUGUGAUGGACAAAUUCAUUUGAAGGGGUUUCUUUUUAUAUGUUGCUACUCCGUUUAAUUACUUUUUAACUGCAAUAUUUUUCUAACGUCUUCUCUGAAAUUAAAAACAUUUUUUAAAAAGCAGUGAGUUACUUCAAAUGUAGAUAUACCGAGUCCACUAAGCACUAAAUAACAUCUUGAUUUUGUUCUGCUGUGUCAAAGGCAGUGAGAGGUAUAAAGUCCCGUUUGCACUUUGUAUUUAGGCAGCUAAUUGUGGAAAACUGGUCAAACGGAAUGAAUUAUUUAUCCUUGAUUCAUUACAAUUCUUGUGUGAAAUAAAAAAAGACCUUUUUAAAUCCCA